CUCAGACCAGCCAAUAGUAUACAGACCCUACAGGAAGGUAGGAUGAGAUUAAGUAUCAAAACAGAAACAGUGUCGGUUCCUUUGAAAGGUUUGCCCUGCAGGACAUCUAAUAAGAAACUGUUUCAGGAUAGAGAUCAAAACAUUAAAGGAAGAAAGCGGAGGAUAACAGGAGAAGAGUUGCCCCAGGGACCAAAUGAUUCUGAUAUCUAAGCCUAAGCCAAUACAGGCCCAGCUCCUAGCCCACUGUUGGUUGUCUUUGUCCCCAGUCAACUACAUCCAAGCUAAAGAUGGGUCGGUUCCUCAACAUAAACCUGUGUGUGAGUCACCUGGGAGGGAGGACGUUAAGACUGUUCUGCAAGCUCAGGUACCUCAUAACUAUCCUUAGAACCUUCCCUCACCUGGCCAAGACACCCCUAGCCUUGGACUUCCAUAGCUGCUCCUCUCCCCUGCCUCCCAGCUUUGCCAGGAAAGGAGCCCCCAAGAGCUUGAGGUUCAAACACAUGAGCUUGACCACUGAGUACCUCCUUGAGGGUGGUACCAGAGGGGUGAGAUACUCCCAGGCGGCCCGUGUCUACUCAACCUCUAGUAGGGAUGUGUUGAAGGCUGAGGCCCCCAUCGGGGUCCUUCAUGAGGACAGCUUUCAGGAGGACAGCCAGACAUCCUUUCAGUUGUGCAUGCUUUGUCUGGGUGAUUCUUUUAAUCGCCUCUCCAGACACAUCAAUAUUUACUUCAAGAGAAAGGAUGUGAUCCAGCUGUCCUCUGUUGCUGGGAAUGUGGGGUUUGUUGUCACAACUCAGGAGAGUCUGGGAAGCAGGCCACAGAGGCGUAGUCAAAGUAACAGGGCAGCCAGGGAGGACAGUGAGACAACAUCACAGCAGCCUUUGGAAAAUGAAAACGAUCUUGAGACGUCAGACAGCCAUAAAGAGACAAGCUCCGCCCCCCAUCGAUAUGGUGGACUGCAGUUAUUUCACAUCAGUUCCAUUGCCUCCAGGUUUGGGGAAAGUUUCAGUUAUGUUGCUCAUCACAUAAACUCAUCACAUGAACACCUAAAGUCAGUGUUCACCAAAGGUUCGGCACAGGACGUCCUAGGUUCGACUCUGGAAGAGUCUCUGGAGGAUCUGGCUUCAAGCAGAGUGUCAACCGGGAGGAUGAGGAGGAGGAAAACACUAAAAAUCAGUUACAUUGAAAGUGUAAAGGAAACUGAAACGGCUAAUUUAAAGACUAGUGCAGCUGUAGCUCAGACCACAGCCAUUCAGAAACCAGCCAUUGAACGUGCUGAUAUCUCCAACAACUGGGAGGGAGAGGCAGACGGCUACCUUCACUUUGCCCAGCACGUCAACAGAUACUUUGGAGCCAAAACCAUUACAGACGAAACUGAACUACCACCACCUCAAACAGAACAUCUGGUUGCGGACCACAUGCCAAACAGCAGGACGUAUCAACAGCAGUGUUCUAAAUCUUCUACCUCCAGACAUGAACAAUCAGCCACAGGGCUAAAGCAGGAAGAUCCACCCAUUCGUCCCAAAUCCCUUUUCCACAUCAGUAACAUCACAACCAGUUUCGGUGAGAACUAUGCAUACAUGGCUAAUUACGUCAACAGCUAUUUCAAAGGCAGCUAUGAUGCCGUGGAGGAGGAGGAGUUAGAAAGAGGUCCCAUCGAGGAAUGCAGGGGAGAAUGGGAGAUGGAGUAUGGAUCCGUUAGGGUCCCGAAACCACAGCCUGCUGUAUCUUUCAUGGAGUGCCUUCUCAAUCCCAGUAGUGCCAUCCCCAGCCUCCUGGGGAGGUAUCUGGGGGGCUCCUGGGCUCAGAGCAACCAGGCCCAUCCUGCCUCUAUGCUCAGUGAGGCCACACUUAGAAGAAUGGUGAUGGGCAGGAGACAGGCAGAGGAGAUGACCCGUGCUUUGGUGUCCAGUCUACAACAGGCCUUCUCUCCUGAGGCCAUCACCGAAGUUGUCGAUGAGCUAAACACACACCUUAUCCGACACCCAGGAUGCAAAGCAGUGGUCUGGCAGGAGAAAGCUGCUGUUCAGCUCUUAAGACAGCGGCGUAGCCAUAGAGAAGACCAGGAACUUCAGUGUGUCAUUAGGGAAACCUUGGCUCUGAUUGGCUAUGUGGAUCCAGUCAAAGGUCGUGGAAUCCGAGUGCUCUCAAUCGAUGGUGGUGGCACAAGAGGGGUGGUGCCACUGCAGGUCCUCAAGCAGCUGGAAGCGGAAACAGGCAAGCAGGUUCACCAGCUGUUUGACUACAUCUGUGGAGUGAGCACAGGGGCAGUGUUGGCCUUCAUGCUUGGCCUGGCCCGUUUCUCUCUAGAGGAGUGUGCAGAUAUGUACCGUCGUUUUGGCUCGGAUGUGUUCCGUCAGAACCCCUUGGUGGGCACAGUGAAGAUGGGCUGGAGUCACUCCUACUACAGCACCGAGACCUGGGAGAUGAUACUGAGAGAGAAGAUGGGCGACCAAGUUCUGAUUAAAACAGCCAGGGAUGAGUUGAGCCCCAAGGUGUCAGCGGUGAGCGCCGUGGUGAACUGGGGGACCAGUCCCAAAGCCUUUAUCUUCAGGAACUACAAUCACAGCCCAGGCCGUCUCAGCCGCUACGCAGGGGGGUCUGGGUACCAGAUGUGGCAGGCGGUGAGAGCGUCGUCCGCUGCCCCGGGAUACUUCCAGGAAUUCCCCUUACACAGUGACAUCCAUCAGGAUGGUGGCCUCAUUCUAAACAACCCUUGUGCCCUCGCCGUCCACGAGAGCCGUCUCCUGUGGCCCAACCAGCCUUACCAGUGUGUCCUGUCGCUCGGCACCGGUCGCUAUGACAAUGCUAAGCGGAGCCCGGGCACCUCCACCAGCCUGCGUGCCAAGAUCAACCACCUGAUCUGCAGUGCCACCGACACCGAGGGGGUCCACACCCUCCUGGACGACUUGUUGGCCCCAAACGUCUACUUUAGGUUCAACCCCAUGCUGAGUGCCGAGGUAUCCCUGGAUGAGAGCAGCGUCAGGGCCAUGGAGCAGCUGCAGGCUGACACCCAGGUCUACCUGGACAGGAACAAGCCCAAGAUGGCCAGGCUGUGUAAGGUGCUGGGGCAGGAGCGCACUGCGCUGAGCCACACCAAGGACUGGGUCAGUGAGAGAGCCUGGGAGGUGCAGCAGAGCUGGGUUUGAGGGUCCUAGGUCACAGGUCACAGGUUAGGUUUUAUUACUCAGUGCCUGUAGUUUUACCCUGUUUUUAUUUUUAAAACGUUUUAGCAAACUCUUCCUUCCUCCCAAAUGCUCACAUACACCUUUCUGUUUAAAUGACUGUGUAAGUACGUGUUUCUAUAUAUGAACACCAAAAUGAGGAAAUGCAUAGUUGGAGCUCUGUUACUCCAUGCAAAGGGCUCUGUCUGUCAUGCAUUUAUGGAUGCAAAAUCAAAACUGCAUAGUCAUUUAUAUAUAUAUUCAGUACUGUAUAUGUAUUGGUAUGAAUGAGGAUGCACUUAAGUGUAUUUGCACUUUCAGACCUGGGUUCUAAUACUAUUUAGGGUAUUUCAAUUACUUUUAAAGACAUGUGGAAGUAAGUAUUUCAUUUUUUGUAAAAACUAAUUUAAGACAAGUAGUUGAAUAUUGGAAUUUAUUUGGAAAUACACUUGGAAAGUAUUUGAAAAUACUCCCAUUCAUUUACCUGAGGUAUUUGAAAAUACUUUAAAGCAGAAGGAUAUUUAUAUGGAAUAAUUUGAAAAAUAAUUCCAAUAGAAGUAGUUGAUUCCGGCCACGUUAUUUGAAAAUACUAAAAUGCACAGAAAAUAAGUAUUUAAAUCACAUGUAUUUGAACCCAGGUCUAGCACUGACCGUAUAUUGAAGAUGUAUGCACUGAGGGAAUUCGUGUAGCUGCUAGUGAUAUGUGUUAUCUCAUAUUAUUACAAAACAUUUGUUAAUGUUAAACCUAUUUAUAUAUUUUUAAAAACACAUUAUUAUUGAAAAAUGAUAUGCUGUGUUUUGUAAGAUGCCUCUUAAAAGCUCUGAAGUGUA